AUGGAGGAAAAGCAAUGCUUAGAAAACGUACUGGCAGAGUCCAAAGAAUCGUAUACCCAGGCAACGGCUCCAUCCGCAGCAGCAUCUGCGGUGCAAGCGGCGAUGGCGACAGUGCCGCCACAACUGCACCCCUCCCGUGCCCUUGGCUGUAUUCGUUGUUACUUUACCGCACUGCGCAUAGCGGGUAAUGCUACUCCAGAUGCAGUGGCAGACACGCCGGCAACUGCUGGAACCGUAUCUUGGGCAGCAACACCAGCCACCUUUUCUUCACAGCGGCAGCACUUCUCCGCAUCUGUGGGGGGAAAGGCAGUGGCAGCCUCAGCAAAGGCAGCAUCCCAGGCCGGUGUGUUGCGUGCGGGUACGCUGCUGCUGAAUGACCCUCCCCCUGAAUAUGAAGUGUCGGUACAUCGCGGGCUCAAAGUGCAGGCCUCCCUGAUGUUGCAGCGACUUCCUCUGACCUACAAGGAACCUGAACAUGAGCGGCAGUUUCGGCUCUACAAAGAAGAAUGGGAGCGUUCAACAGGCAACACCACGGUUCUGAGCGACGAGAUAACGUACAUGCAGCUGCCUGGGCAUUUCUUAGAAACGCAGCAGCAGCAACAGCAGCGGGAGAAACAGCAGGAGAAAACAGGUGAUGCGCAGGUGUCCGAGCUGGACAUGCUGCUACAGCAGCAGGGGCUAACGUUGCAAAGGCACAAAACAAAGAGGCAGAAGCAGCAUCAGCAAGAGCAAGCCGCUGACUCUGGGAGUGCCGCAUCAACAACAGGAGAGCGAGAGGAGCAGUCCCUCUCCCGAAGCCCAGAGAGGGUGCUGCUGCUCCUGGUGCGCUAUGCCAACGGCUGGCAGUUGCCGGUAGAAGACAGAAGACAUGGCCAAACAAUGAGACAGACUCUGGCGCGGCUAUGCAUGCAACAGCUGGGCUUGCGUGAAGCGCCUUUCAUGGUCGGCUUUGCCCCGGCUGCAGUGCAGCACAUCAGAAACAAACCAAGAGAAACCGUGCAAGGCCGUCAGGUGUUCUUCUAUCGAGCUUAUCACGUAUUCGGGCAGCCCCAGGUGUGUCCCCCCGCCAACAGCCCAGUAUGCGACUGGGCGUGGUUGCCGGCAGAAGAAGCCAAGCAUCGCAUGUCUCUCAAUGCUUUUAGUGCAAUUAGGGAUGCACUGUUGCUAGGCUGA